AUGACGAAGCAUUUUUCGAAUAAAAAGAGCUUCUUCGCGGCUCUUGAUGAGCUGGAUGAGCUGGAUAACGAAGACGAAGAAUAUGAUGAUAGCUGUGAGGGUCCUUUAACUUCUGCAGACAAAGGAAUCAAAAUACCAAACUUGAAUAAGGUCGUUCUCUCCUCUGAGCGCACCCCAUUUACUCAAGCAAACUCGGAUUCUCGACCCUCGUGUCACCCCCAGAGCAAAAGAGACAGUACAUCCGAUACUCUCGAAGUCUCUACUGCGAACACCCCUCCGAUGAAUGAAACCAUGUCUGCAACCAAGAACGGAACUCCUCGAAAGAAAAGGAAAACCAAUAGUGGUAGGAUCAUCCCAGAUGACCAACAGAUCUUCGACGGAUUGAUCUUCUUUUUCUUCCCAAACAAUGAUGUAUCACCAUUCCGACGGUUACGCAUUCAACGAGCGCAAGAGUAUGGCGCACGAUGGAGCCGAACUUGGGCAAGUGAUGUCACCCAUGUGAUCAGUGACAGGGGCUUGCAGUCUAGCGAUCUCCUGGACUAUCUCAAAAUUGACGCUUUGCCAACGGGUGUUGUUCUUGUCAAUGAAACCUACCCAUCCGAAUGCAUACAGUUUCGUUUGAUUCUUAAUCCUUCACAGCUCCGGUUUCGUGUCGAUGGUUCCCCGAUUGCCGCGAAGGAAAACUCUCCAGUCGUAGAAGUCCCCCCUCUUGAUUCGCUGCCGCUAAAGCCAUCGCGGCGGCAGACGUAUCAGUCUCCAGAUCAAUAUCAUUCUUCAAGUGAGAAACCAUCGCUUAAUCAGUUGCCCAAAGUCUCCUCGGAAAUCACCCCAAAAACCGUACCCAAGACUGUAUCCGAUACAAGGGUCGAAUGUCUCCUUGGGGCCACAACUGAGCAGACUGGUAUCAAGGCUAUUUGGGAGCGCGAUGAUGCAUUGGACAAUAUGAUAAAUGAGGCUAAGGCCACAAGUCACCUGCCACUGGACCCGCUUGAAUCCCCGGUUGAAGAUGGCGCCGAUGAUGCCUCUGAUAUCGAAACCACUGGUUCAGAGGACGAAUCAAGUGGGAGGACACGAAAAAUCACCUACGGAAAGGGUCAAGGUAGAGAAAAAUCCGACUGGACCGAAGGAUUUGCCUGUAUGCAGAAAUUUGACGCCGAAACGAAACCUGUCAACCCAAACAACAGGACCAUCGAAGUCCUUCAGCAAAUGCUAGCAUAUUAUACUCAAACUGCAGAUCAGUGGCGGAUUAUCGCUUACCGCAAAGCCAUCAAUGCUUUGCGACAGCAAUCAAAAAGGAUUACAACGCGAGCACAGGCUCGGGGACUUUCAGGUGUCGGAGAGCGAUUGGCUGACAAAAUUGAAGAAAUCGUCUUGACCAACCGCCUUCGAUGUCUCGAAUAUACCAACGAUACCCCAGAAGAUUUGAUUAUUCAAGAAUUCCUCGGCAUCUAUGGUGUUGGACUUUCCCAGGCCUCCAGAUGGGUUGCACAAGGCUAUACGUCUCUGGGCGAUCUACUCGAAAGAGCGCCUUUGAGCAGGCCGCAACGUAUUGGGGUAGAACGUUACAACGACUUCGCGCAACGCAUCCCCCGCAAGGAGGUCGAAGCCCACGGGGCAAUUGUGCGGAAGGCGGUGCAGGCUGUGGAUAGGGAUAUGCAAGUGAUCAUCGGGGGCUCUUACCGCCGCGGGGCAGUCACCUGCGGAGACGUAGACUGUCUGAUCACCAAACCCGGAGCUUCACUGGAGCAUAUCCGUACUAUUAUGCUUGGUCUUGUCGUUCCCAGAUUGUUCAGCAAUGGCUUUUUGCAGGCCAGUCUUGCCGUAUCGUCGCGUCAGGAUGGGUCCAAGUGGCAUGGUGCAUCGGCCAUACCUGGAAGCAACCUAUGGCGUCGGAUCGAUCUCCUGUUUGUUCCUGAUGCAGAGAUCGGGGCGGCAUUAAUAUACUUCACCGGUAAUGAUAUAUUCAACAGGAGUAUGAGAUUACUAGCCCGCAGGAAAGGUAUGUGCUUGAACCAAAAGGGUCUUUACACAGACGUACUUCGCACCCAGCAAGUGAAGUUGAAUGCGGGCCGACUGGUUGAGGGUCGGGAUGAGCGUCGGAUCUUUGCUGCGUUAGGUGUGCCCUGGCGGCCUCCCGAGCACCGGAUCUGUUGA